AUGGAUCUAUCUCUACUCUCCCUCGCGUGGUGGUGCUCUCUGCUUUUCCAACCGGGCGCGGCGCAAACGAGCAACCCCAAGCCGCAGGAAAUCUACACGCUCACGGCCUUCCAAGAGCAGCAGAUAUGCGUGCAGUCCUGCUUUACGUACGGGUACGGCUGCACGACCGACCUGGUGGGCCAGGCGAUCGGCUGCUCGAUCGACGCGUGCGACUUCACGUCGACCGGUUUCGGCGCCCUGGACAGCUGCUACUGCCGCGGUGAUCUGCAGCUCGCGGCCGAGAGCUUCCUGACGUCGUGCAUCCAGGAGUCGUGCACCGUGGGCGACACGUCGGUCAACGUCGCCGCCGCCGUGUCCAUCUACGGCGGCUACUGCACUUCGCUCGGCUACACGGCCCUCCCGGCCAACAACGUGGCCGAGACGACGGCGCCCAACAGCAACCCCACGACGAACAACAACAACAACGGGGCUGCGUCGUCGACGGGCUCGACCACGGACAUCUUCGCCACCAGCCCCACGAGCGACGGCAGCGGCGGUUCCUCAUCGUCCUCCUCCGGAGGCACCUCCUCCUCCUCCUCUUCCUCGAAUACCACGACGUACAUCGUGCUCGGCGUGGUGGGCAGCGUCGCGCUCAUCCUCCUGGCGCUCGCGGCGCUGUGGUUCAAGAAGUACCGAGAGCUGAAGCGCACGCAGCCGCAGUUCCGCUACGGCGCCGGCGCCGGCGCGCCCAUGCACUACGGCUACAAUGGCGGCGGGGGCAGCGGCGGCAUGGGCCAGCCCCUGCGCCCGCUGGGCUCCGAGGUCUCCUCCCACCCCUUCUACCGCCAGGACGACAUCUACCCGGACGACUCGGUGUCGACCAUCCACGUGGCCCCCGCGUACCCGCACCCGCUGGAGCCGAGCCUUGUCUCGACCCAGAUGCGUUGAGGACCAAAAGAAAGAAAGAAAAAGAAUACGUUGGGGUUGGUUUGGCAGCACGAGGAAAUGAUGGACACGAGAUGAAUAUUUUGGUUUUCUUGUUUGCGCAAAAGGGGAUUUUUUUUUGUCCUGCGAGGUCUCGACGGGCAGGCAGGAAUGGAU